CUUCGUCGCCGGUCCUCCCUUGAUUUUGGUGCCUUCGAGAAGGAGCUGUCAGCUAACGUUAGCUAGCUAAAACAACGGAACGAAAGAACAGCACCAAGGACAAAAAGCUGGUGCGUCAGAAGGGGGAGACCCAAUUUACCGUUUCGUUUUUGUUUAGCUCAUUAUUCAUUUUGUUUGAAAACAAACCCUACAUCCUCUUCACCCCUAUUAUUUUUUUGUUUGUCCCAUAUACAUUAUUUUGUUUGUGAUACCUCCUCCAGCGUUGGGAGCAGUGAGGGGUCUUCAUGGCUGUUCGAAGAGGCCACAUCAGGUACCUAAAAGAGGUGUAUGACAUGUCCAACGGCUACGAGGAUCACAUGGGAGGAGGAGAUGAGGUGACGGAUGCCAAGACCAACCUGAUAGUCAACUACCUUCCCCAGAGCAUGAGCCAGGACGAGCUACGCAGCCUCUUCAGCAGCAUUGGCGAGGUGGAGUCCGCCAAGCUCAUACGGGACAAAGUGGCAGGUACGGAACACCUUGUCCCACAAUGCACUACAGGCCACAGUUUAGGGUACGGAUUUGUUAACUAUCUUACCCCUAGCGAUGCAGAAAGAGCUAUCAAUACUCUGAAUGGACUAAGGCUACAGUCUAAAACUAUCAAGGUUUCAUAUGCACGGCCGAGCUCUGACACCAUUAAAGACGCCAACCUGUACAUCAGUGGCCUGCCCAAGACCAUGUCCCAGAAAGACGUGGAGGACAUGUUCGCUCGCUACGGACGCAUCAUCAACUCCCGUGUGCUGGUCGACCAGGCCUCGGGCCUGUCUCGGGGGGUGGCGUUCAUCCGGUUUGACAAGCGAGCGGAGGCCGAGGACGCCAUCAAAGACCUGAACGGACAGAAACCCCCCGGAUCCGCUGAGCCAAUCACAGUGAAGUUUGCUGCCAGCCCCAACCAGGCCAAGAACACUCAGCUCAUAUCUCAGCUCUACCACAACCAGGGACGACGCUUUGGAGGGCCAGUUCACCACCAGGCUCAGAGAUUCAGGUUUUCGCCGAUGUCUGUGGACCAUAUGAGCGGUAUGUCUGGGGUGAGUGUGUCGGGGAACGCCACCUCUGGCUGGUGCAUCUUCAUCUACAACCUGGGCCAGGACGCUGACGAGGGCAUCCUGUGGCAGAUGUUCGGGCCCUUCGGCGCCGUCACCAACGUCAAGGUCAUCCGCGACUUCAAUACCAACAAGUGCAAAGGCUUCGGCUUUGUUACCAUGACGAACUACGAGGAGGCCGCCAUGGCGAUCGGCAGCCUCAACGGUUACCGCCUCGGGGACAAGAUCCUACAGGUGUCGUUCAAGACCAGCAAAGGCCACAAGUAGAGAGAGAAGAGGGAGGGGAGGUGAUAGAGGGAGGAGAGAAACCUCACACUAGGCUUCUAAUAUGGAGGGUAAUUUGCCUCAGUUUGACAAAACAAACUUGUUUUUAGCGUUCUCACUAAGCCCAUUCUCACUCUGCAUCUUUGUACUAGUCUAACAGAGUCUAGGCUGAGUUUGAUAUUUCUCUUGUUUUUUUUACUCAUGCUUUGGGAUGUUCCAAACGCAGUUCUCAAUGUCCAUCCUGAUAUGGUGACCAAUUUCACAAUUCAAGACUAGAUUGUUUUUCCUGUGAGACUAAACUAGUGUCACUAUGUGCCAUAUGAAUAGUAGAACCACGGUAGGGACUUGGAGAAGGAUGCGCCACAUUCAUACGUCUAGUCCCCCACUGUAGGAGGAAGCAUGCUGUCUUAGACACUGCUUCCAGUGUAGACAUAGAUGCCUUAAGUUAACCAUCCUGUCAAGCCAACCACUGUCUCCAGCCAUUUUAAAAGGAAAGAACUCUUUAAAUCCUUAUUAUAAAUGUCAGAGCGAUAGUCAUCUGUUUUGACGUAAACCAUACAUUGGUCUUCUCUCACCUUGCGGAUUCAGUUUUAUACACCGCACGUUAGGUACUGGAUGGUACCAUUACAUAGCAGCGUGUGUGCCCCUUUUUUGGGGGUCUUUUAAAAGUUGACUCUGAGGGGCCAUGUAAAAAAAGGUCUGGAGAUUUUAAAGUAGGAACAUGUUUAAGAAGGACCAAAGAAAUGGAAGGAUAUGAUCCCAGGGCCUGUAUUCACAUGCUGAUCUAGGAUCAGUUUGGCCUUCUAGAUCAUUAAUAAGUAAGAUUUAUAUGGACAGAGGAGCUGAUCCUAGAUCAGCAUUCAGUCCUCUGAGAAGCUUUUGUGAAUAGGGAAGAUGCUUACCGUUAUGACUAAUUUCCCCUCACCAGUAGUAGUUGGGACAUCUGAACAACCGGUACAAAGGCUGAAUCUAACAGAGGGGCAACACAGCUCUCUCAUCCAGUUUGCUGUUUUUGUAAUAAAAAAAAGAAGUUUUCUCUAUCUUUUUCUUGAAUUUUCUUUCUGAGAGACUAACUUUUCUUUUUUUCGUCGAAGCGUAGACUACUGAUCGGAGAGUUAAAGAGUUGUUUUUUAUUGCUCAUCUCGAGCUAAAGAAGAAUUUACGGCCUUUGUGAUUUAUUUUUGUUGGUAUAGAUUUUUGUUUUUGGUCCUUGCUUUGAUUGUUUUACUUUGAACAUGCAAUCAUUAAAUUGUAUUUAGAUUUGACUCAAUGUUUUGGUUUUGUUUCUUUUAUUCAGGUUUUGGUUUGUGGAUUUUCUUUGUGGUUUUCUGUUUUGAUUGUAGGAGCUGAGGGAAGCUACAGACACCAGACUGCUGUUAUGAUGACACUACUCACCCAACUCCCAUUGGGGUAUUACAGGAUGUUUGAAUGGUCAACAUCAUAAGGUUUAGCUAGACUCUCUAAGAUGGGCUGAAGGGCAGGAGGAGGCCAUCUCCAGCGUAAAACACCUCAGACGUUGGCCUUAUUUUCAUUCCAACUUGUGUGUGAAACAUGAGGCGGAGGCCUUUCAGUGUUUCAAAGAUGGGAGUCCUCCAGUUGAGGUACAAAGUCUUGUUUCAUGUUAAUACCAUCUAGGAGUUACUGAUGAACCCAUAAGGAAUAGUCUGUUCUAAUACAGGUACUGCAGGAGGCAGUUUGUCACUGAUGGACUUUUGAUCUGCCUUGCAACCAACAAACAGUCAUCCUGAGAAACUGUUUGCCAUUUUAGAAAUGUGCAAUAACUGAAAAACUUGGGUUAAAGAAAAGCUAAACCCAGGCAUAUUCAAGUGAUGUUUCAGGAAGAAGACUGGCGUUUGGUUUUACAUCAAGCGUAUAUUCCUACAUCUGUUUUUAACAACUUGUUUGUGCACUUUUCAUCACUAAGACAUUUUCUAUGUAGGUUUGAGGGUGUAGUACUGUAGUCUGUUGGAGAGUAAAUAACUUGACUACAGCAGCACCACAACACAGGAUCAGAGAACUGGCUUUAGUUAGAAGUUUCCUGCUGCAGCAGAUCUAGGAUCAGUUUACCCUUACACAGUCCUAACCUUCACCAUAAUGGGUGACACUUGUUUUAGAAAAUUAGGGGCUUGUCUCCUGCACUUUCAAUAGAGAUUCUCUAUUGAGGAUGAUUUUAUUUCCAGGAGUAGUCUUAAUCUGGGUUCUGGGAACAGCCUAGAAACCAAACUUGAUAAUUCUCUCUUCUAAAUGUGUUGUGAUCUCUGUCUUCUAUCUUCAGAUCUGUAAAGCCUUACUAGCUUCCACACGUGGACAAAAAAUACCGCUCCUGUCACAGGAAUAUCCUCUCUGUAGGCCUCAAGUUAGUCACUAUUCUUUUUUUUUAAGGAGUAGAAGAUUGAAGUUUCUCAUGGAACAGUCCUGAACAGAGUGCAUGCAAUACGUGGUGGGUCUUUUAAAAGAAUUCUGGACCAGAAACGCUACUACUGGUUAUUCUGAACCAGAAACGGCACUAGAGGGGGAGUGUUCCACUUGCUUGACUCUUUGUUCUCAUCCUUUUGAUAUAUUUCUAUUGAGUUCUACUAAUCAGCUCUUGCUUUGCUAGCUUCUCAGAGUGCUACUAUGUUGAAAUGCUAGUGGGUUUACUGGAGUAAAUAGAUUAUGGUUAACUGUUUUUAGCCUUAAUGUAUGUGGGAGAGAUGGAAGAACGUGGCAACAGCAGUGGAGGCACAAAGAUAUCAUUUAUUUGACUUGUAUGUAGUUUUACAUGUUUGUACAUUUUUUGUGUUUGAGUGUGUUCCUUUUGACUUUUUUUAAUGGAUUCAUUUUGAUUUCCUGUUUGGUUUUGAAUGAAGGCCUGUUCAGAACCAGUCUAACACACAAUUACUUUGAAUAAAAUAUCUGUAAGCUUUAUAAAGCUCA